AUGGUGUCUCUCGUGGCCAGUGCGCACCAAGAUUCUGGAUUCAACGUCAGUCAGUAUGACAAUGAUGUGCGUUACAGUGGACGCAGGUCAUAUCGUUCUGCUACAGUUAUUCAGUUUCAAAGGUUAGAAGAUCCUCGUAUUGCCCUGCGUAACUCGCAGCUAAACAAGGUUGUUGUCCCACCUGACUAUGGAAAUACCUCCAACACUCCUGUCCCUUCAACUCGCGGUGGUGAAUUGGCUCAGACGACCCUCUCCUACGAGCAAAUCAAAAGUCAACUAUUGUCUCAGGGACUUUUGUUUGAAGAUCCCGAAUUUCCAGCCACGAACGACAGUUUAUACUAUAGCGGACCACCAAGUAUGCACAUCACUUGGCUUCGACCACAC